UAUCAUUAGCCAACCUAGGCAUUAGGCAACCUAGGGAAUCACAUGAGGAAUCUAUUUAUUCUAAUUUCACAAAAUUGUAUUUUUGUAAGAAAAAAAAAAUAAUAAAAUAAAAGAAAUUGAAAAAUUGUAUAAACACCAAUUUUGAUCCGAUCUCACACCUACUCAAAGCUCACUCUUUCAUUUCAAUGGCUUCCAUUUCAGGAAUUUGCUUCUCUUCCCAAUCUCUCAAACCCAGAAAAAACCCUUUCCUCAGACCCACUUCUUCCGCAUUCUCACUCCCAACACACUCCUCCUCCCUCUCCAUCCCCAUUCGCAAUUCUCCUCGAAUCGCUACUCCCCACUCCCUACCUCGUCACAUUUCUCCCGACCACUCAGAUGGGUCUGCUUUUCCGACGAAGAACAAUCAUGGGUUGGAGAAAGACCCCGGCGAGCUUUGGCGUAGGUACGUUGAUUGGCUUUACCAACAUAAAGACCUCGGCUUGUUCCUCGACGUGAGUCGUGUUGGGUUCACUGAAGAGUUCGUUACCCAGAUGGAGCCUCGAUUGCAAGCCGCUUUUAAGGCUAUGGAGGAUCUUGAAAAAGGUGCGAUUGCUAAUCCUGAUGAAGGUCGGAUGGUUGGGCAUUAUUGGCUUAGAAGCCCUGAGCUUGCUCCUAAACCGAUUUUGAAAUCACAGAUUGAGAAAACCCUUGAUGCUGUGUGCGAUUUCGCCGAAGAUAUAAUCAGUGGUAAGAUUACGCCACCUUCAGGUGGGAGAUUUACUCAGAUUCUUUCAGUGGGUAUUGGUGGCUCUGCUCUUGGACCACAAUUCGUUUCAGAGGCAUUGGCUCCUGAUAAUCCUCCUCUCAAGAUUAGAUUCAUUGAUAAUACAGACCCAGCUGGAAUUGAUCAUCAAAUUGCUCAGCUUGGUCCGGAGUUAUCAUCAACACUUGUGUUAGUGAUUUCAAAGAGUGGAGGAACACCAGAAACUAGAAAUGGAUUAUUGGAAGUACAAAAGGCCUUUCGUGAAGCCAAUUUGGAUUUUUCUAAACAGGGUGUUGCUAUAACACAAGAAGGUUCUUUACUUGACAACACUGCAAGAAUUGAAGGGUGGUUAGCUAGAUUUCCCAUGUUUGAUUGGGUAGGUGGUAGGACAUCGGAGAUGUCUGCCGUCGGUCUUCUUCCGGCGGCAUUACAGGGAAUUAACAUCAGAGAAAUGCUUAAAGGUGCUGCAUUGAUGGAUAGCGCGAAUAGAACUACUGUGGUGAAAGAUAACCCUGCAGCAUUGCUUGCUAUGAGCUGGUAUUGGGCUUGUGAUGGAGUUGGAUCUAAGGACAUGGUUGUGCUUCCUUACAAGGAUAGCUUGUUGUUGUUUAGUAGGUAUUUGCAGCAGUUAGUUAUGGAAUCUCUUGGGAAAGAGUUUGAUCUUGAUGGUAAUAGAGUAAAUCAAGGAUUGACUGUGUAUGGAAACAAAGGGAGUACAGAUCAACAUGCCUAUAUACAGCAACUUAGGGAUGGUGUCCAUAAUUUCUUUGUGACUUUCAUUGAGGUACUAAGAGAUAGGCCCCCAGGUCAUGAUUGGGAGCUCGAACCAGGUGUUACAUGUGGUGACUACCUUUUUGGAAUGCUACAGGGCACAAGAUCAGCUCUAUAUUCAAAUGAUAGGGAAUCAAUUACUGUUACUGUACAAGAAGUGACACCAAGAUCUGUAGGUGCUCUAGUAGCUCUCUAUGAAAGAGCAGUAGGUAUAUAUGCCUCAGUUGUCAACAUUAAUGCUUACCACCAACCUGGUGUGGAAGCUGGGAAGAAGGCAGCCGGAGAAGUGUUGGCUCUUCAGAAGAGGGUUUUGGCAGUACUUAAUGAGGCCAGCUGUAAAGAUCCAGCGGAGCCAUUGAGUUUGGACCAAGUUGCCGAACGUUGCCAUGCUCCUGAAGAUAUCGAAAUGAUUUACAAGAUUAUUGCCCAUAUGGCAGCAAAUGACAGAGCAGUGAUCACCGAAGGCACCUGCGGUUCGCCAAGGGGCUUUAAAGUUUUCCUUGGGGAGUGUAAUAUGGACGAUCAGUCGUUUGCUUAAAUUAUUUUCAUUUGGUAUGCAUGCCAUGCUGCCUUAGUUUUCUCAUUCUAUUUUAGCGAAUCAAAGCAAAAUUAACUUGAAUAAAUUAAAAGUCUUAUUUUGUCAUUAGAACUGUUUUUUGGCAUGUGAGACCUAAUAAAUAGAAUAGAAAUUGGGAAGAAAAAUGUUUUUAUCUUCUUAUGUAAUUUUCUCUUUGUACAUUUUAGUUUUGGUUUGCAUUUUCUUUCUCUUGUUUUUUGAACUAGUGAGAAUGAAAUAUAAUUUACACCGGGUUUUCUUUGUUGA